GCCGGAGACAACCGUGAGAACCAUCAGAGACGGAGACGGUUCCUCUGAGCUCCAUGGGUAUCUCUCUAUUUCAAUGUUUCAAAACCUGUAUUUGACUUGUUUGGGUUCUUCUGGUACAUGCACCAAACAACACAUUAACUGCAAGACAGUGUACUCAUUAUGAAUUCCGGGCAAAAGGAUUUUCUAUAAUAAAAGACUUUGGAUUUUGAUUGAUUUAUUGAGAUAUGUCUUCUGCGGUUAUGCAACAUCACGGAGGGGAUGGUGGGGCAAAUCCUCCUCCAGAUCCAACGCAGAUACAGGCUGAUUGUGAGAGAGUGACGACUAAAACGAAAAGGCGCGGCAUCAACAAGGGGUUUUCAACUCGAGAAGCUAGAGUUGCAUUAGGUAGACCACUACCACUGGAGUGGGAUGUUCGAGGGAAGACUUACAAAGAAAUUGGUAAUUAUUCCCAACAUUUCUCUAGAGAGAUCGGCAUUCUCAUUCGACAAUAUGCCGAUCCUGACUACGACCGAUGGGAUAAAGUACCCAGCGAAGUUAGAGAUCGCAUACUUCCUCGUCUAGAGGAUGAUUUAUUCGACAUUGGUCGAAGUCGAUAUGCCUCAGAGAACCUCCCCGGCAUUCUUUUGGGCACUCAACGGUCGUGCGCUGAUCGUUACUCGGAGUGGAAGAAUGACUUGUCCACUCAUUUAAAAAAGAAUGGUCGAGCACAUCCUCCUGAUGGUUUGGUGGUGGAGAAAUGGCAGAAGGCGCUCCAGUAUUUUGAUCGCCCUGAAGUGAAGAGGCGUUCUGAGACUAACUCUGCGAACCGUGCAAAACAAAAACAGAGAAGCGUGCAGGGUUCACAGUCUACGCCAGCCCUUCUUUACAAGAAGGUACUUUCUUUUUUACAUAAUUUUUAUUUAUGUUUUUUUAUAAUGAUUUUUUUUCUUAAUUUUUUUCAAACUUCUUGUAUUGUAGCGUGAUUUACAAACUGGGUGUCUUGCUGGGGUUCCAGAGAUUUGGAUGGCGACUAAGUAUAUAGACGGGGAAGGUUGGGUGAGCAAGGCAGCAAAAGAUAACUAUGUAAGUAAAUUUAUAUUUUAUGAUGUUCUUACUUUAUUGUGUUGUAAAUUCUAAUAUUCUUGAAAAUUGUGUGAUACAGGAAAAGAUGAUAGAGAAACGUGACACUCUGCAGUCACAAUCAUCUACGAGCGCCUCUGCCUCGAGUACUAUCCCGAGAGAAGAUGAUGACAUUAUUCUUGUUGAGACGAUCUUUGGACGUCGUCGAGGCUAUCAGCCGGGUCUUGGUCGUAGGAUUCGCACGAGGGCGAAUUGUGAAGCGGCUGAGGUACCUCUACCAGCCCAACCACCUCCUACCGCACAAGACAUGCAAGAGGUGAGGGAGCGACUCCAAGCCAUAGAGGAGCACUUGGCUAGGAUUGGUGGAGUCUCGGGAUCUGGA